GAAGUCAGAAGACAUUCAGACUAGAAGGGAGAAUCAGGUUCUGGUUUGUAGUUCUUCAUGGAAAAAGCCUCAGGUGGUAAAUUUCCAUCGAUGAGCUCUUUGGGUUAUUCCCUAAUUUCAGGGUUUUUUCCUUCCAUCUCUUUUUGGGUCUAGAGAGAAACUUUAUGGGUAUAAUCAAUGUGGAAGGAUCCACCAAUUUUGCUCUUUAUAAGAGAUUACAUACUGGAGAGAAACUUAAUAUAAAUGUGGAAAUGCUUCUGGAUAUAGGUCCACUCUUGCUGCUCAUGAAAGAAUCCACAGUGGAGAGAAACCCAAGUGUCAUGGAUGUAGCAAAGCUUUUAGUAGCAAUCUUCCUCUUAUGUACAACAAGGAAUCCACACCAUAAAGAAAUCUUAUGAAUGUAAUUGAAAAAAAAAAGACUAAUAAUGACCAAUAUCUUGGGGAGAUUCAGAUCUCUCUCCUUCUAAAUUCUUCAUUUUAAAAAGUUGUUUCUUGGGGCAGCUGGGAGUCGCAGUGGAUAGAGCACCAGCCCUGAGUUCAAAUCUGACCUCAGAGGGGAAAAAAAAGUUGUUUCUUGAAGGAUAUUACUGCUAAUGAGAUUUCCUUAACUCUUCUCCAAGUCUGACCCCAAGUGAUGACAAGAAAUUUAAUCUAAGGUGGGAAAAUCCAUUUUGUUCUGCUCAAGUGUGAGAGGAGACUUUUUUUCCUGAGGCAAUUGGGGUUAAGUGACUUGUCCAGGGUCACACACAGAUACAGAUUCUUUUGUCUAUAUAGCUCAAGGCUACUGUGAUCCGAGUAGAGAUCAUUUCUCCAUCUAUUCCUGUACCUAUAGGAGAGCAAUUAUUGAUUUGAAAGGUCAGGGACAAAGCUUGUGAUAAGUUCAAAAUGGGGCAUUCUCCCUGUCAAAAGGUAAUUUUAUUUAUGAGGUUACAGACAAAAUGAAGAGGCACCAGAUUAAGUAUAAAAUAGAUUUUUAGGAGGAAAUUAGGAGGAAAACACUGCAUGGCGGUGGGGGGUUGGGGGGGAUGGGUGGAAGGGAUAGGGAGGGGAGUAGGAUGGGAAGAAAGGUUGAUCCCCAUGGUGGGCUAAUCUAAAAGAGACCUGGGAAAGAUUUAUAGGGGAAAUUUAACCUGGGAAUUUGACAUCCUAAUUUGGCUUUCUGAUUGGACCCAGUAAGGUGGGGUUACCCAAGACCUCCACCGGGAUGGGACUGUAAGGCUGAGCAGAUCCUCAUUGACUUCCUUCCCUACUUGCAUCAGGGAGUACUGUACUUUUACCCAGUAUUUUAGACUUUCUCCAACAACCCCACCUUGUUAUCCAGGACCUCACACUCAGUCCUUCCUUCACUACUUAUUCUUUCAAAAAGUACUUAAACUGUGAGUCUGUUGUGUAUGAUUUUCUAAGACAUGGCCAAAUGACCAUCUUUUAAAAUAAUCUGUUGGCCUUAAUAAAAUUAUUAAGUUACCCAGAAACUAUGUCUCUUGAACCUUUUAAAUCACAUAAUCACUGUGGAAAGGCUUUCAGACAAAGCUCCAAUCUUGCUAACCACCAGAGAACUCACACCAGAGAGAAAUCUUCUGAGUGUCUGGGAUAUUGUAAAGCUUUUAAUGUACAUUCUUCCCAUACUGAACACCUCAUAAGAUCAUUCAAGCUAAAGCCAUCCCUUAUUUCCCAAAAGAGAAUUCAUACAAGAUAAAAUGACUAUGGAAAGGCUUUCAAAUGUAUACAGAGCUUACAAGAUAGCAGCAAGUUCAUUCUGGGGACAAGCCAUUCUUGGACUCAGUGUGGGAGGGCCUUCAGCCUGAGAUCAUCUCUUAUUUAACAUCAGAGGAUUCAUUGUGGGGAAAAAAGACUUGUGAAUGAGUUCCAUGAAGAGUUGCCUUUCGCUGAAAGAUGGAGGUCAUCGCACAUUCCGAUAUUCAUACUGGAAAGAAGCUUUACAAAAGCGAGCAUUGUGGAAAGGCUUCAUCUAAAGCUCAGACUUGUCUAUGUAUUGGGGAAAUCUUGCUGGACAUAAAAUUCAUGGAUCUAAUUAGUGAGGAAAUACCACUGCCUACAUCACAGACUUCAAGAUAUAAAAAAUUUCACACUGUGCACAAAGUCCUUAAACAUGGAUUGAAUUUUACUCUGAAAUUUAAGGUUUCCCAUGACUCCUCUAUAAGCCUUGACAUUUCUACACCAUAACUUCUUCAGCCAUUCCUCAGUUGGUCUCACGAUAUCAGCUGGCAUAAAAAGUCCUUGUAUAUAAAAAGUCCUUGUAUAUUUUGUUGAACAUUUAUCUUUGUAAUGAUUUCUUUAGGCUGCUAAUGGAUGCAGUGGUUGGAGAACUGUCCUUGAAUCACCAGAUUUGAGUUCAAAUAGCUGUGAGACCCUGGAUAAGUCACUUAAUGUACACCUGCACACGUUUUUUCAUCUGUAGAAUGGAGAUAAUAAUGGCACUACUUCAAAUGGUCAGUGAAAGGAUUAAAUGAGAUUAUAUUUAAAGGGCUUUGCAAGCAUUUAACCAUCCUGUAAAUCCAAGCUAUUAUUUUCCAUUUAGAUCAUCCAUCUCAUAGCAAAAUCAGUGGGCUUAAAGACAUAGACAUUUUAAUCAUUUUUCAUUCAAAUGGACAUUCAGAAGUGAAGAUGAAAGCAGUGUUUUGUAAUGGUUAGAGAACAACUUCUGACUCACAUCCUCUUUAGCUGUGUAACUCUGGGAGAGAAACAACAUCUCUGGGCUUCCAUUUACCCAUUUCUAAAAUGAAUAAGUUGGACUUGACACCUCAAUGGCCCCUUCCAAAUCUGUGUUCUCAUCAAAAGUACAGAAAACUUCUGUCUCUCUUCAAAGUCUCUUCUUAUAUUCCAAGAAGGAGGCUUAGCGGGACCAAGAAUGAGACUGUACGAAAAAGAGGUAAUAACAGAAGGCUUGAAUGCUCCUUAAAAAUAAUGAGCUUGUUACACAAAUGCAAAGACCUCACUUUCUGGGACUAGAUUUACUAAUCCCUACAAAAUGUUGGGAAAACUGGCAAGCAGCCUGUCAGAAACCAAGACCAAGAUGUUUCUGGGGGAAGAGGGAGCAUGCUCUGAAGACUUAGGAUUUUUGCGUAGUUUAAAAAAUUUUUUUCCUUGUAGAAGGUUUAUUUAUUUUUAAUACAUGUUGGUUUAUGAAUCAUCUCGGGAGAGAAAAAUCAAAGCAAAAGGGAAAAAUCAUGGGAGAGAUUAAAAAAAAAAAAACAGGAAAAAUAACUGAGCAUAGCAUGUCUUGAUUUAUAUUCAAUCUCCUUAGAUCUUUUUUUAGGUCCAGAUGGCAUUUUUCAAUCUCCUUAGAUUUUUUUUAGGUCCAGAUGGCAUUUUUUGUCCAAAGUCUAUUGGGAUUGCUUUGGAUCACUGAACCACUGAGAAGAACCAAGUCUUUCUGAGUUGAUCAUUGCACAAACUUGGCUGUUACUGUAUACAGUAUAUUCCUGGCUCUGCUUGUUUCGCUCAGCAUCAGUUCAUGUAAAUCCUUUCAGGUCUUUCUAUAAUCAGCUUGUUCAUCAUUUUUUUAUAGAACAAUAAUAUUCCAUUACCUUUAUGUAAGCCAUUCCUCAAUUGAUGGGCAUCCACUCUUUUUCCAAUGUCUUCCUACCAUUAUGUAGUUGUUUUCAGAGAUACUUCUGGGGAUCUGUAAGUUUUCAGUUCUUCCAAGGUUAUACGAUACAAAAAAAGCUGUGUUUACUACUCUUCUGGUUGGGAUAUGACCAUAACCACUCUUUUCUGCACUGGUCCCAGGUCCCAGCUGCCCCGUAGCUGAAAGCUCUGAUGUGUUUGUCCUUGUUCUCAAAAUGAGACCCAGAGCUGCGACCCAGAUCCAAGGGUAGCUAAUGCGGCCAUAGUCCUGCGCUUGGUGCCAGCAAAGGGACUUCUGUGAUCCCUUUUUCACUCACGACCAUCUGUUGGCUGAGAUGCAGAAACUGCCACCACUGAGUCAGCCGCUCCACUCUCAUCACAAUGCAACAGACCUUUCCUGCUGACCUUCAAAGCUGAAUUUUUUUUCACCCUGUCCUUUCUUGGGUGUUGCUGCUUCAGAAUUUGUCUUGAGGCAUAUUUAAAGUUGCUUGGAGGAGUCUGGGGGAGUCCCUGCCUCUGCUCUGCCAUCUUGACUCUGCCCUCGUGGUUCAUUUGGUAUAACAUUUGUUACAACUGGAGAUAACCCCAGAGGAAGGCCCCAGAAUUACAGGGCAUCAGGGAAAGCUUUCGGUAGAAAGUGGGAUUUUAGUUGAGACAUGAAGCCGGGAGACCAAGAGUUCUCCCCAUAUGGGGGAAGCCAGAAGAAAAUACCAGCAGUUGUGUAAGUUCCAGAGUUACUGGGAAGGGGAUUGCUAUUGUUUGAAGUGCAAGAGUCCUGGAAAGGUGGAGGGGCUUUGAAUGCUCCUGAGGCGACAGGGGCCACUGCACUUUGCUGAGUAGGGGAGGGGGUGUGUGUGACAGGGGCAGAUCUGUAUUUUGCUGCUGAAUGGGGAGAGACUAGAGGCAGACAGACCUUCCACAAGCUACUGCAAUAGGCUUGACAGCAGCUUGGAUAUUGGGCAUGGAGAGGAGAGUGUAGAGACAGCCAAACAGAGGUGAGUAACUAGCUAAGCCCCAGCUUGGGUUGUGAGCCUGGGCAACCGGGAGGAGGAAGGUACUGGUAUGCUCAGAAGCCGGGAGGACUCACACACUGAGUCAAAGACUAGUUACAGGACCCGCAGUGGGAAAUGAGGGGCUGGAAGUCGGCAGAGAGGGAAGAGCUGGAGAAGGAGGUCCCGGAAUCCUCAGCUCGGAGGGGAUCACUGCUUCGGUGGGAGCUGAGCGGAUCCCCAAGUGAAGCCCAAGAGGAGGGAGGACCCAGAGCAGAGAGUGGGGCAUCCCUGGUCAGGGCAAGAGAACCAGGAGAGAAGAGGGUGAUGGACGGCUCUAGGCUGCAGAGGGGGAAGGAGGACUCGGAGAGCCCCAGAAGGCUCUGCCCCAGCCCCGGGCCCAGGCCUCUGACUGACCACAGGGGCACGUGAGCAGCUGAGGGUCCCCGCCCUCAGGACCAGAGGAGGCAGGGUGGGGACUUGCUUCCUUGGGAACAGACCCCAUCUCCGGCAGGCUCCCAGAGGGAAACAUUAGCGGGGUAAGAGGGAGGAUCCGUCUAGAGAAUCAAUCUCAAAAAUAAACAGGGAGCGUUCUCUUCCUGCCCCCCCGCCCCAACCUCUCAAGUCCAGAACCAGCCUGUGGCCCCCGAGACCCUCCUCAGGAGUCAGUGAGGGAGGACUGGGAGUCUGGGGCCGGGGGAGGGAGACAGAAACCCCGGAUGCUCGGCUGGGCCCGAGGACACAGUGGAGUCCCCUGGGGAAGGGCGGUCAGGAGGGGCUCACAGAGACUCCCAGAACAGGCGCCCUCCGGCAGAGACCGAGUCAGGGCCAGGCUGGCGGGGAGGAGGGAAAGCUGGUUAUGGGGGUGCACGUUUCGAGGCUGGGGAGGGGACAGGGAGGACUGCCUCGGUUCAGAUGGGGGUGGGGAAGAGCAGGCCCUCUCCAGUGGGGGAGGGUUCGAGGGCAUUGGAGACUGCGGGGGGGCGGGGGAGGCACAGGAUUGCUGGACAGAGAAGGGCUACAGGCUCCUGCCCAUCAAGGCUUGGUGGGAGGGAGGGGAGGUCGCGAUCUGGCGGUCUUCGCGUAGAGUGCGGAGGGCACGGUGAGAGUACGGGAGGUGACGCUCCGAGAGGCAGCUGAGGAACCUCGAGACGGCCGAGUUUGGUGCUCCCGGCUGCGGGGCCGGCGUGGGUCGGAACUCGGCCACUCGGCCGGCCUGGGUCUCGGGGAGAGAGGGGGUUGGGGGAUUGAGGGGGAGGGCUUCGAGCCUCGAGCGUCCAUGGCGGAUACAAAGCUGACCGGGCUAGACCGGUGAAAAAGGUGAGUUCCUGGAGUCCGUGGGUAACUACGCGGAGAAAGCGGAAGUGGGACGCGGUGCGUGACUUCUGGGAAAUGUAGUCCCCGGAGCCGCGCAUGCUCAGGAUCGCAAGCUACGGAAGGAGGUAGGGGGGUUGCGUGAGGGGGCGGGGGCGGAGAAGGGGAUGCCCCGCCCCCUCCUCUGCCGCUACCUUUAGCUUCCAGCUACGCCUCCUCUGCCCCGAGACCCCAGUUCAUCCCCAGUGACACACCUCCCUCCCCUAUUGGGUCCUUGGACUCCAACUCGCCCCCACCCCUGUCCCGGGACGUCGUGGGGCUCUUGUCCUUAUAGAGGGCGGGGAAUGGGGAGACGUCUCUUUCAGAAACUGCCCAUUUCCCGCUUGAUUCCGGGACCGAAGCAACGGCAGGGCGCCCCUCUCGUCCCAGCCCAGCUUCACUUCAUACACAUGUUCAUAGGUUUCUCCAUCUUGUCUUUAGAAAUUUCUGGUGAAAUCGUCUUUCCGUCCGUUAUCCGUGUCCUCGCUCCCGGUUUCAGUCGCCGCGGUGCUUCUGAACGCGUGGGCCCUUUCCCCGGUUUUUCUGAGGGCCCGGGGUCCCGGGCCGAGGAGUCCGACCCAGCAGGAGCUCCGUUACUGCGGACGGGAGGGGCCGGGGCUCGGCCCCACCAGUGACGUCAGUGGGUCCGGCUCUCCCCGCCCCUGCGGACGCUGGUCAUUUCGGCCAGUCUGAGAUCGGUCAUUCUGAGGGACCUGGAGAAGAAGUGAUCGCAGAUGGGGGAAAAAAAUUAAUGUGUGAUUAUUGAUAAAUGGAUUUCUUGUUUGGAAACUUCGAAGGAAGAAAGCCGCCUCUGUUCGUGGGCAGAGGCUCUAAGUCAUUAGUGACACGGGCUUAACACACGUUGGAUUCCUUGGGACGGGGGGAGGGGGAACAUCGGAACGCCAGGUUUUGCCAGAGCGGAUGCUGAAAAUUAUCUGCGCGUCUGUGUUAAAAAUAAAAAAGCUUUACCAGAAACAAUCAGUAACUAGAGAAAAGCAGGUGAGAGCACCUCCCAGGUACCUCUCAUCCCCGCCUGUGGGCUCACAGGAGAGCAGGGAAGAUGAGGAACGCUGGAGGGAUGUGGGAAAUGUAUCGCGCCGGCCCCGGGCGCUGUGGGCUGGUCUGGCGUCCUGCAGCUCCCUGCGCACUGAUCCCCGAAUGUCACCGCGAGGUCUGACCUCAGAGAGCAAAGGAAAAGGCCCCGCGGGCCCGGGGUGUCCUGGGGGGGAAGGAGAGGGGGCCGCCCCGGGGAAGGGAGUUUGCUCCGGUCCGAGUCCCGGCAGAGGGAGGGAGCGCGCCGCUGAGCUGGUCCAGGUGGAAUCCGAGGCUGGGGUGGAGCCCGCCGGCCUGGGAGGAGUCGGGAGUGGAAGACGGUUGUUUUUAGUGGCCCAGGCCUUCCACGUGACGGGGGGCAGCGCUGGGGAGCCGAGGCUGGCCCGCUGCGAGGUCCCGCUCCGGGGAGCCCGGGGAAGGAGGGAAGUUCUGGGGUCUCCUCUGGCCCGGGCGGCCCGGGUGGGCUGGCCGGGAGCGGGAGCCCUGGGAGCUGAGCUCAGGCCGCCUUCCCGGCAGGUGCGGGGGCUUCCCCUGAAGCUGAGAGCGUCCUGGCUUCCGGAAGCCGGCUCGGAGCCUGCAGGUCCCAGGCCUGGAAGAGAAGGGAAGGCCUGUCAGCCUCUGGAGUCCUUCUGGAGCCCCUGGAGUCCUUCUGGAGCCCCCACUCGGCCCGCAGAGGACCAAGGCCUGGCCCAAGGAGGGAGCUGGAGCCCAAGGAGAUGGCCCCCGGGAGCCGCAGACCCCCGGCCCAGGAGUUGGUGACAUUCAAGGAUGUGAUUGUGGACUUCACCCCAGAGGAGUGGGCGCUUUUGGACAAUACUCAGAAAGAGCUGUACAAGGAGGUCAUGGUGGAGAAUGCCCGGAACCUGCUCUCCCUGGGACUUCCAGUUCUCAGAGAAGGUUUGCUCUCCUAUUCUGAACAAGGGAAAACACCAUGGAUUCUGGUUCAUGAUGGCCCAAGAAACCUUUCCUGUCCAGAUGGAGAGAUGAGGCUUGAAAUGAAGGAGACUACCGCCAAGCUGAGCAUUUCUGUGGAACAAUCACACCACCAGGGAUUCGUAAAUGAUGGUUGCCACAACCUCAAUUUCAGAGGAAUUGGUGAUUCUGAUAUCAAGCUAAGGAAAAACCAAAGGAAUCACUGUGAAUUUGAUAAAGAUGGAAAGAGUUUCAGACAAUGUUUAAUACUAAUUGGCUGUAAGAAAAGGACCUCAGGGAAUGAAUGCUCUCGAAGUAGUAGGGAAUGCUUUACUGAACAGGUGAAGCUUGUUGAGUCUCAUGGGAAGCCUUCUGAAGUGCAAAUUUAUCAGUGUAAUCAAUGUGAGAGAACCUUCAGCUUGAAAUCAGAUUUAAUUAGACAUAAGAAAAGUCAUGGUAGAGGGAAUGAAGGUGAUAAGACCUUUAAUUAUAAUUCAAAGCUCAUUGACCAUCAGAAAAUUCAAAAUAGAAAAAACUAUUAUGAAUGUAAUGAAUGUGGUAAAGCUUUUAAGGAACAAUCAUCCCUUAUUCGACAUCAGAAAUGUCAUACUAGUGAAAAACUACACAAAUGUUUGCAAUGCGGAAAGGCCUUCAGGCAACAGUCAUCCCUUUUUUCUCAUCAGAGAAUUCACACUAGAGAGAAAUCUUGUGAGGAUCAUGAGGGUGAUAAAGGUUUUAGUGAAAACUCAUCCCUUAUUGUACAUCAGAGAAGCCCCACUGGAAAGAAACCUUAUGAAUGUAAUCACUGUGAAAAGACUUUCAGACAGCGCUCCCAUCUUACUCAUCAUCAGAGAAUGCACAAUGUGGAGAAGCAUUAUGAAUGUAAUCAAUGUAGGAAGACUUUCAGCUGCAGUUCUAAUCUUACAAAACAUCAGAGGAUCCACACUGGAGAGAAACCUUAUAAAUGUAGUCAAUGUGGAAAAGCUUUCAGGUGCAGUUCUAGUCUUAGUAAACAUCAGAGAAUCCACACUGGAGAAAAACCUUAUAAAUGUAAUCAAUGUGGAAAGACUUUUGGAAGAAGUUCCAAUCUGUCUGUACAUCAGAAAACCCAUACUGGAGAGAAGCCUUAUGAAUGUAAUCAAUGUGGAAAAACUUUUCGACAACAUUAUAAUCUUUUGGAACAUGAGAGAAUUCAUUCUGGAGAGAAGCCUUAUGAAUGUAAUCAAUGUGGAAAGACUUUCAGAUGCAGCUCCAUUCUUGCUAUACAUCGGAGAGUCCACACUGGAGAAAAACGUUAUGAAUGUAAUCAAUGUGGAAAGGCUUUUAGAAGGAGCUCUGGACUUGCUAUCCAUCAGAGGAUUCACACUGGAGAGAAGCCUUAUGAAUGUAAUCAAUGUGGAAAGCCUUUCAGAUGCAGCUCUAGUCUUGCUGAUCAUCAAAUAAUCCACACUGGGGAGAAACCUUAUGAUUGUAAUCAAUGUGGAAAGACUUUCAGAGGCAGGUCUGGUCUUGCUAAACAUCAGAGAAUUCACACUGGAGAAAAAUCCUAAGAAUAUGUUAAAUGUGGAAAAUGUUUCAGAGAUAAAUAGAUAUAUCUCCAAUCUUGCUGAAUAUCAAAGAAUCCACACUGGAAAGAAACUAUGAAAGUAAUCAAUGUGGAAAAACUUUCAGAUUCAACUCCAAAUUUGCUCAACAUCAGAGAGUCCACACUGGAGAAUUACCUUAUAAAUUUAAUUAAUUAAUAUGAAAAGGCUUUCAGAAGGAGGUUCAAUUUUGCUGAUCAUCAUCAAUGUGGAAAGACUUUCAGAGACAAGUUUGAUCUUAUUAAACAUCAGAGAAUCUGCACUGGAGAAAUAUCUUAAGAAUAUGUUCAAUAUAGAUAACCUUUCAGAGAAAGAAAAAAAGAGUUCCAAUCCUGCUCUCCUGGAGAGAAAGCUUAUGAAUGUAAUCAUUAUGGAUGCAGCACUAGUUUUCUUGACCAUGAAUGUAAUUAAUGUGGAAAGUCUUUCAAAUGCAGCUCCACAGCGGAGAAAUGUCAUGACUAAUCUAUGGAAAAAGACUUUUAGACAUAGCUCCAGUCUCACUGUACAUCAGAGAAUUCACACUGGAGAGAAAUCUUAUGAAUGUAAUCUUUGAGGUCAAACUUCUAGCCACCGUCAUCCUUUCUUUGCUAUUUAAGAAUUCAUAAAAGAUAAAAAUCUUAUCACUGUAAUAAAUGAGAAAGGAAUAUAGAGGUUGUUAGACAUCAGAUAUUCUGGGUCCAAGCUGUAGGAAGACUUUCAGCCAGAAAUCAUCUGUAGUAGUGUGAGAAACCUUAUAUAUUUGCUCAAUUUAGACAUGUUUUUUGCUAGAAGAGGGAGGCCCCUAGAUGUCAGAAUAUGCACACUGGAAAAAAAAAAGGCUUAUAAAAAACAAUGAUUGUGAGAAAUCGUUUACGUAGAACUCAUAUUUGACUGUACUUUGGAGAAAUUAUACUGAAGGUAAAACAUAGGGAUCUGAUUAACAAGGGAAGACAUCUUGUUUCAGAAGCACACACAUAAUUAGAAAACUUAAAUUUCAUGCUGUUCAUUGAGCCCUAUAAAUUUAAUGAUUUUUUUCUCAGAAAUAUUGUUUUUUAAUACUCAGUAAUGUCCAUGGCAUCAAUAUAUCAUAAUUUCAUCAUCCAUUCCCCAAUCGUUUAAUUUUUACCUGUUUCCUAUACUUUGUUGACGCGAAACAUUCUGGUGUAUUUUGUUAACCUUUGGACAUUUAUUUCUGAUUUCUUGAGGAUGGCAAGUAGCACAGUGGAUAGAGUGCUGCUUCUAGAACCACAAGACCUGAGCUCAAAUCGGUUUCUGACACUAGCUGUGUGACCCUGGACAAAUCACGUAACCUAUUACUGCCUCAGUUUUCUUCUUCAGUAGGAUGUGUACACCUACCUCUUACGGAUCAUGUUAGGACCAAAUGUGAUAAUACCUGUAAAAUGCUUUGUAAGCAUUAAAUCUCUAUUUAAAUGCUUAUUUUUACUAUUAUUAUUAUUGUUAUUCAGAUCACAAGUCAUAGCAGAAUCUUAAAGAUGUGGACAAUUUAGUCACUUUUUUUAAUAAUUCAAAUUGAUGUUCAAAACAUAUGUCAUAUUAUCACAGUUGUCAUAUUAUCAAACUGGUUUUAGAGUCAGGAAAAUUUGUAUUCCCAUCCUACCUCAAAUGCUCUCUAGCUAUGUAACUGGGCAUGGAACACUCUCUUUGUGUCUCCAUUUGCUCAUCUCUAAAGUGAGGACUUUAGUGACUCCUAUGGUGCUUUUCAACUCUAAACCUGUGUUCCCAUGAAAAAUGUAUUCGAUGUCUCUUUCCACAUCAUUUUCCAGUAUUCUAGGAAAGAGGCAUACCAGGGCCAAAUUUGAAACUAUAGCACAAAAGAUUAUGAAGUACUUGAAAUAGAAAUCUUGAGAAAAAUGAACAGGUUAGUUGCAUACUAUUUAAAAGGAAUUGGAGCCUAGAGACAAGGUGGUGGAGUGGAACCAAUGUGCUUGCCUAGGUUUUGCAAUACACCUGUCUUUAACAACUUAUAUUUUAAAAAAUGAGUAAAAGAGAACAAAAAUCCCAAUGAAUCAUCUUUGUAUCCCAGAAUAUCUUAGGAGGUCAUAAAGAGAAGUCUUUCUCAUAAAGAGAAGAGGUGGGAUCUGGUUGGGAACACGGUGUAUUGGAACUGGCAUUGGCCAUGGGAUUUGGAGGUUUUCUGCAGCAAAGGCAGAAGCACUGGGGUGGUGAGAGCACUGUGUACCUGGUCAUAAAGCAAUGUCAGGACACUGCUGAGCUAGUAUUGGGCAAAAGAUCAAGAGACAUGUGGCAGUUCUGUCACCCAUGAGUAAUUUGUAGUUACACAGGUUGGAGAGGUGUGGUCAAGGUUGGAAGGAACCAGAGGCCCUAUCUGUGGAGGGACCAAAGUACAGAGCAAGAGGACAGUGAUCAGACCUUUUCUGAACUUUGGAAACACUAAAAACUUAGAAGCCCAUAGCCCUAACAGCAAAAACAGGAGAACUUAAAAAAACAGAAGCUCAGGCUAGUCAUCCAUUCCAGUGGUGAAAAAGAGUUCAACUCUAACAUGAAAAGUCCAGAAAUAAUCUGGAAAAAUGAGCAAUUAAAAAAAAAAAAAACAAGAACCUGACCAUAACUAGCUACUACAGGGGAUGGGGAAACUCAAGACCCAAAUACAGAAGGCAGUAAUCACUUGGAAACAUUUAGAAGCAAAGUCUCAAAGAAAAAUGCAGAUUGGAAUAAAUUCAACAAAAAUUUUUGGAGAAGCUAAAGAGGGCAACAAAUAAAGAUUUUGAAAAUCAAAAAAGAAUGGUAGAGGGAAAAUGGGGAAAAUAAAAAUUUUAAAAUGGGAGAGAAUUAUAGCAGCAGAAUGAACAGAACAGCUUAGUCAAAGAAGCACCAAAAAUACUUAAAAAAAAAAAGUCCUUAAAAAUAAGAUUGGCCAAAUGGUAAAGGAGGUACAAAACUUCACUGGAGAAAGUAAGUCUCUAAAAAUUAGAAUUGAUCAAGUAAAAGCUAAGAAUUCCACAAAAUAUUAAAAAACAAAAACAUCAGGAAAAAAAACC